AUGGGUGUAUGCUUCUGUUACAGCUAUGGAAUUAUGAGCACUUCAGAUUUCCGGCUAGUAGUACUAUUUGAUUUAGUGAUGCCUUACAUACAACAAGAAACAACUCAGACUUCAGAAGGACAACAUGCAACAACAUCCAACAAAAAGGAACAUUAUGCUACUUUUGAAAAUAAAUCAAAUGAUCAAGCUGGUCAAAACUUGAGGCCAAAUCAUGAAGAAGAAGAAAAAGAGGCGAAAGAGGAGAAGGAAAAAGAUGACGAGGAUGAGGAAAAUGAUGAGGUUUCAGAUGAAACAUUUGACGACAUGGACAAACAUAUGCUAUCAUUUCGUAUGGCUUCAGUUGAACGGAGUGUGCAUUGCUUAGAAAAUAAUAUUAAAAAAAUUAUGCUUGAAAUUACACAAGCUAUCUUCGAAGUGAGAGAUGAUGUUUCCACACUCAAAUCCGACAUCAGAGAAAGCAAAUUAUAUUCAAAGAAUCAUAUGCAGAGAAUUGAAGAAAAAUUAUGCAAUAUUUGCAUUAGUCUUAAAGGAGAAUCAUUUGAAAAAGAAAGGAGAAAUCCACCUAGCCAUGAUAGUAACGUCGGAGCAAAUAGUGUUCAUGUAGAUUUAAAUAUGGAACCUCCUAAUAUGGAUUCAGAAUAG